AUGAAAUUCGCGUUAUUAUUCCUCUUGACAGUGAGCUUAGGAGCAGCCAGGCGCCAUAGUCGUGCACGACUGGCAUUGAACAAUGAUCGCAUUGUCGGCGGCCAAACAACAAGUAUUGAGAAUCAACCUUGGAUUGUUUCGAUGCGAAGCAAUGGUCAUCAUAUAUGUGGUGGAUCAAUAAUCAGCGAAGAUUGGAUCGUUACUGCUGCACAUUGUAUUAAGAGAGAAUGGCUCAAUAACACAUCACCAGUGAGUGUAAAGAUUGGUACUAGCCAUAGGAUACUUUAUGGUAGAGUGAUAGACAUAAAAGAAAUUAUAAUGCAUCCAGACUAUACGUCUGUAUCAGGAAGUGGAUACGAUGUAGCACUAUUGAAACCGUCUACAAAAAUUGUUUUUAACUCAAAAUCUAUCAAACCUGUAAAGCUAAUUGAUGAAGGAAUCGAAACGGCUAAUGGUUCAAUAGCAACCGUGGCAGGUUGGGGUAAAGUAGUGGAUGGUUUUCCGUACAUACCUAAUUAUUUAUUGGCUGUAAAUGUACCGAUUAUUGAUAGCGAUACAUGCAAGUCGAUGAAUAUUGAAUAUCAAAAAUAUUUGAAACCAAAUAUGAUAUGUGCCGGAUAUGCAAAAGGUGGUAAAGAUUCUUGCCAAGGAGACAGUGGUGGACCACUAGUGAAUAGUGACGAUGUCCUGAUAGGAAUAGUGUCCUGGGGCAUUGGAUGUGCCAAACAAAAUUAUCCAGGAAUUUAUACGAAUGUAGCUGAACAUAGUGUAAGAAACUUCAUUAAAGAGCACACUGGAGUUGCAAAGAAUCCAGAACAUUACUCGAUUCGAGCUGGAAGCAACAAAAGCACUGAAGGCGGCGUAGUACAUAAAAUUAAGGAAUUUUUCAUUCAUCCAAAAUAUAAUGCGAUAGAGUUUGAUUUUGAUGCAUCAUUACUGCAACUGAAAGAUCCAUUAGUACUAAAUGGAAACACAAUUCAAGCAGCAAAACUGAUAGAAAAGGGCCUCGAUAUUGCAGCAGGAACCAUUGGCACUACUACAGGAUGGGGUCAGGAAACGAUAUUAGAAAAAAAUGCAAAGAAUCCAGAACAUUACUCGAUUCGAGCUGGAAGCAACAAAAGCACUGAAGGCGGAGUAGUACAUAAAAUUAAGGAAUUUUUUAUACAUCCAAAAUAUAAUGCGAUAGAGUUUGAUUUCGAUGCAUCAUUACUUCAACUGAAGGAGCCUUUAGUAUUAAAUGAAAACACAAUUCGAGCAGCAAAAUUGAUAGAAAAGGGCCUCGAUAUUGCAGCAGGAACCAUUGGCACUACUACAGGAUGGGGUCAGGAAACGGAUGGUGGAAAAACAAGUACCUUAUUAUAUGGAGUGGAUACACCAGUAAUAACUAAAUCGCAAUGUGAAAGAGCAGUAUUGUAUCAAUAUAACAUAACCGAGAACAUGAUUUGUACAAAACUUGGUGAUCUAGGACCGUGCAGAGGCGAUAGUGGUGGUCCAAUUGUAGAUAAAAAUAAAACACUAUUUGGAAUUGUAUCAUGGGGUGGCAAUUGUAAAGAAACUACAUUUCCAAAGGUUUACGCCAAGAUUUCGUCACCAGAUAUAUUUAAUUUCAUCCAAGAUCAUGUAGAUACAUAA